GGCUUGGCACUUGCUACUGCAAUGCGGCUGCUGAUCACGAAAAGGUGUGUAUUCACUGGCAAGUUGUUUGUCUCCAUUCAAUUACAUCGUUGACAAAUUUUUUAUGUUCUUCCACUGUUUUCCCCUUGCAUGUUUGUGGUACACAUCUACGCUCGCUCUCGCUCAUUCCUGCAUGCUUGCGCACGUCUGCACCUGUCUCCGUGCGUGUGCUGGCAUUUACGUUUGUCUGACUCGUCUGGACUUUUCUGCAUUCGUCUGGACUUGCCUGCGCUUAUUUGGACUCGUCUAGACUCAUCUGCAUGAGCCUGUACUCGUCUUGGCUUGCCUUCAUUCGUCUGGACUUGCCUGCACUCGUUUGGACCUGCUUGGACUUAUUUGAACUCGCCUGGAUUCACCUGCACUCAUUUUUCAUAUCGACUCACCUUCGUCUAUGCUCGUUCGUACUCGUUCGUUCGUGCUCGUUGUUCAUCCAUGCUCGUUCGCACUCGCUCGUUUGUUUUCAUUCGUCCGUGCUCGUCCGUGCUCGUUCACCCGUUCAUCGUGCUCAUUUGCACUCAUAACUGGUAAUGUAGAUUCAUUGUUUCGGUAUCUAAUAAACGUCUUUUUGUAUCAUCGCAGCAAUUCAGCAUGUGGGCCGCAGCUUGCUUGGGCUCAUGGCUCAGGCUUGAAAUUUGGUGGGCCUAAGCCGGGCCGGAACAUCACUAAAAUUAUUCACCAGCUUCAAACUUGCAAGUCGAAAGAUAGGCAAUGAGGCCCCUUUCUUCUUCCAGCUGCUAAUGUGUGGUGGCUCUGCGAGAGGUGGUGUCAUCUUUCCAUGAGCCCAUUGAAUUAUUGAUACCUCAUGAUCCAUGAGAAUAGAGGGAGCGAAUAGAGCCCAUGCUCGAAGUAUCGGACAUGGUGGGCAUAGAGGGACGGGUGCUACGAGGAGUUAUAGAUCUAGUACAAUAUCUACUGAUAGUACUACGAGUCUACGACUCAUCAGUUAUGAUACGACUGCUUUGACCUGACGUCUUGCCGGAUGAACUGG